AGCACGAGCCAGGCUCACACCGCCUGUUGGAUCAGGAGCUAGAACCAGGAAGCGAAAGUAUACACAUGGAGGGUGUGUCUGGCCCCGCCAGCACAGGUUUUAUUUUUAAAAACACCGUCCUCCGCGGUUAAUUUAAUGGGGGACACGGCUAAGACCAAGCGGCGGGAGCAGCUGAAGCGCUGGGCCGGCUCCUGCACCGACAGAACAUCGGACGUUCCCCGGCGGAGGUGGCGGGGCGAUGCCGAGGCCGAGCCGAGCUGUGACCCGCCGGUGGAGCAGCAGCCGGACCCAGCGGGAAGAGAUGAAAUCAGCCCCAUCCCCAGUGGACGGAAGAGGGUGAGGUUCGACAGCGCUGCUGAGUUCCUCGCUGCUUGUGCCAGCGGCGACACGGAGGAGGCCAAGGCUAUGCUGGAGGAGACUGAACAGUCCAAAACAAGGAACGGGGAGAACCUGCCAGACAUCAUCAACUGCUCCAACUCUGAUGGCAUCACAGCACUGCACCAGGCCUGCAUAGACGGCAGCAUAGAGAUCGUGACCUUCCUGCUGGAGCGCGGCGCCAACGUAAACCAGGUUGACAGUGAGGGAUGGACGCCGCUGCAUGUUGCUUCCUCCUGCGGCUACCCUGACAUUGCAGAAUAUCUUCUUCAGAAAGGUGCAUCUCUUACUGCUGUGAACUGUGAUGGGGAUGUUCCUCUGGACAUUGCUCUGGAUGAGACCACCGAGUCCCUUCUUCAUAACUACACACAAAGACAAGGUGUGGACGUGGAUGCAGCGAAGCGUAAGGAAGAGGAGCAGAUGAUGUCAGAUGCCCGGACCUGGCUGAACGAGGGUCCGCCUGAUGAUGUCCGACACCCAAGAACCGGCGCCACGCCGCUGCACGUCGCUGCAGCUAAAGGAUACGUGGAGGCUCUGAAGAUACUGUGUCAGUGCGGACUGGAUGUGUCGGCCACAGACUUUGACGGCUGGACGCCUCUUCACGCUGCAGCUCACUGGGGCCAAGAGGAAGCAUGUCGCAUUCUGGCCGAGCAGCUGUGCAACAUGGAGGCUCGCAGCAAUGGGGGCCAGACACCAUUUGAUGUAGCUGAUGAGAGUGUUUCAGAGCUGCUGGAAGAGUUAUCCCAGAAACAAGCCAAUUGGCGUAACGAGCGGUCGAUAUCGGAGAGGCAGAACCAACCAGGCUUCAAUGCUACAAAUGCACUAAACAAGCGACGGAGAACGUCUGUGUGCAGGAUGAGCAGUAAAGACAAGAUAAACGUCCAGGAUCUGUCUAAAGAAAGGGGCAUUUCAGGAGGCCUGGACAUGAGCGAGGAGAAGGAGAGCAGUACUGAAAGCUCCACCGUGUCCAGUCCAGACGCUGAGAGUGUGACCACAUCUACCAUCAGUCCUGCGGAGAAGGAGAAAGCCGAGGAUGAGGAGCAAAAGGAGGAGGAAGAGGAGAAGGAGCAGGACAAGGCAAGCCGCACCGCCAGAGUCCAGCCCACUCCUCAGACCAAGGAAGCUGCUGCCGAGAACCCCAACGCUCCAAACGCAGACAAGAAACAGCAGCAACCCAAACAAUUCCAGGCCGCAGACAGAGACGAAGAGUCCGAGUCCCAGAGGAAAGCUCGGUGUCGGCUGAUGCGACAGUCCCGUCGCCUCACUCAGGGUGUGACUUUGACUGAGCUGAAAGAAGCGGAGAAGAGUGUGGGGAAAGCUGCUGAUCCUCCUCCUCCUCCUCGAAACGUCCAGUCGGUGAGCCCCAUCAUCACCGUCACGCCUGCUGAGCGGGACAAUGACCCGGCAAAGCAGGUGGAGUCAGAGGGGGAUAGUCGUUUAGGAGCGAAGGACAGGAGGAGAGGGAGGAAGGAGAGACGCUCCACCGGCAUUGUUCCGCCGGUUUCAGAGAGGGAUGAUGGUGAAGCCCAACUGGAAGAUACAAACAGCAACAGCACUGAAGGGAGAGAUUUGUCUGCAGACUUCAAAACGCUGUACAUCAAGGUACUGCAGGAGAACAUGACUCUGAAGGACAAGCUGCAAGAUAUGGAGCUGCAGCUCAGCCAGAACAAAGUGGAGCUGGAGAGGCUGCGACAGGUUUGGCAGAGUCAGGAGAGCAGCACUGAAAGACCAGCACUACUUGAGCUGGAGAGAUUUGAAAAACUGGCCCUCCAGAGGAAAGCGGUGGAACUGGAGGAUGAGCUGAAGGUUCUGGGGGACCUCAAAGCAGACAACCAAAGGCUUAAAGACGAGAACGCUGCUCUCAUUCGGGUCAUCAGCAAACUCUCCAGAUGAACCGCAAAUAUCAUAGACAGAAAAAAAGUAUUACCCAACUCAUCUGUUGCCCAAACUCGGAGUAAGGAAACCAGUAAGGGAGACCCAGCCUGGAACUGCAGAUGUCUGGUUCAACGCCCACCAAUGUGUGGGCCUUCAUGUUUUGGCAGAUCUACUGUUUAACAAGCUGAACUGCACCUCCUGUGGACCAACAGGAUGUUCACAUCUACUUUUAUAUUAGGUUUUUAUUGCAUUUUUUACCUACAAUGUUUUUUGCUUUGCUUCAGUGAUCCUUUGUAUGAAAUCUGUAUUCAGAGACUUAAAGCCAUGCACAGCGAUAGCUCACAGUAAGGGAGUGUGUCGCAAGCCAGACGUAACUUUGCCAAAAGGGAAAGAAAAAUAAUCCCAGUUUUGCACAUCUGUUAGAUAAAAAGUGGGCAGUGUUGUUUCUCAGGAUGAGUCUUUUGUUCAAUGCUUACCGUUUUUAGUCGGCUGCUGUGCCAGUGGACCAAAACCCUGCAUGUUUGCCUUUCCCUGCUCCUCUGUGUGCAUUUCACAUGUUUAUAUUGCAGCCGCCUGUGGGGUACAUUGGUGUAAAGGCAGUGUUAAAAUACUGCUGUGUUACAGACUGAGUGUUUGGGUGCUAACAGAGACAUUGUGAGGCAAAGCUCAGGUUCAGAUACUUCAAAUAAUGUUACAGUUCAGAUCCCUUUCUGGAGGUCGAAUCUGACCUCUGUACUGUGUGUUUUGUUGUUUUGCGACGUUGUCUGGACGCUUCUUCUUAGUAUUCACCCUGUGACGGACAGCUGUUGUUCAACAGACAGGCCAGAUGGGUCAUCCUUUGAAUGUUUACUUCCUUACGAGACAGAAAUGCAUGUCAAAUUGUAUUUUGAAGCUGUGCCUUUGGAUAUACAUUUGUAAGUAAUAUUUCUAUUUUGCUUUGGCAUUGUACAAGGUUGAGUAUAAAAUACAACGUGGGCAUAAACAGUUA